AUGACAGACAUCAAUACCCUCAGCAACUUCAGUACCAUUCCUGGCUUCAUCCUCCUGGGUUUCCCUGGUCCUAGGCAGAGCCAGAUCCUCCUCUUCAUGCUCUUCUCUUUCAUCUACAUCCUCACCCUCAUGGGCAAUGGUUCCAUCAUCUGUGCUGUGUACUGGGAUCAGAGACUCCACACCCCCAUGUACAUCCUGCUGGCCAACUUCUCCUUCCUGGAGAUCUGGUAUGUCACCUCCACAGUCCCCAACAUGUUGGCCAAUUUCCUCUCUGACACCAAGGUCAUCUCCUUUUCUGGCUGCUUUCUCCAGUUCUAUUUCUUCUUUUCCUUGGGAUCUACAGAAUGUUUUUUUCUAGCAGUUAUGGCUUUUGAUCGGUAUCUUGCCAUCUGUAAGCCUCUACACUAUCCUACCAUUAUGACCAGACAUCUCUGCAACAACCUUGUGAUCAGCUGCUGGGUACUUGGUUUCCUCUGGUUCCUAGUUCCCAUCACUGUCAUUUCCAAGAUGACUUUCUGUGGAUCUAGAAUUAUUGACCAUUUUCUAUGUGACCCAGGUCCACUGCUAGCCCUUAUCUGUACCAGAGACCCCAUGAUAGAGUUGACUAGCUCCUCCUUAAGUUCCUUGCUUUUAUUUAUUCCCUUUCUCUUCAUCAUGGGGUCCUAUGUUUUGGUCCUCCGAGCUGUAUUGAGGGUCCCUUCAGCAGCUGGAAGAAAAAAGGCCUUUUCUACCUGUGGCUCCCAUCUGGCUGUGGUUUCUCUUUUCUAUGGCUCAGUGAUGGUCAUGUAUGUAAGCCCAACAUCUGGUCAUAGAGCUGGAAUGCAAAAAAUUGUAACUCUGUUCUAUUCUGUGGUCACUCCGCUGGUUAAUCCUGUAAUAUAUAGUCUAAGGAACAAAGAUAUGAAAGACGCAAUGAAAAAAUUACUGAAAAUACAAAAUUAA